AUGUAUUCCCACUACUAUCUUUUCGUUUUGUACCCCGCCUUGUGCAAUCUCGCCCUUGCCGCCACCUCCGCUGCCCCAGAGGCCGUCGCGACCCAGUACAGUCUAACAACGAGCACCGCACUCCCCUUCCCCACCGCCACUCAGACAUCGAACGAAACAGAAGAUCUGCUCGUCUCUAAAUGGUCCUUGAACAGAGGCCGCAUUCAGGAUGGACCCGAUAAUCUCGCCUUUGUCGCAGACCCCUUCCCGAACUCGCAGGUGCCUGGAUCUACCCCACAGGCAAGCAACAGCGGUGCGCCGGUGCUGCGCGUUUCUUAUCCCGAGGGAAGUUUCUCGCAUGAUACUGGUGGAGCGCAGUUUUACUCGCUGUGGAACACGACGGACGGAUCGAGCUUCAACUCGAUGAUGGUGUCGUAUGAGAUCGCGUUCGAGUCCAAUUUUGAUUGGGUUAAAGGCGGGAAGCUGCCUGGUCUGCGUGGAGGCUUGAACUCGACGGGAUGUAGUGGUGGAAACAAGGCGACGGGUGUGGACUGUUUCUCCGCACGGCUGAUGUGGAGGAAGAAUGGGGCGGGCGAGGUGUACGCAUACAUUCCUACGCCCAACAAUCUUUGCUCGGACAAGUCUAUCAUUUGUAACUCGGAUUUCGGUGUGUCUAUUCAGAGGGACAACUUUGGUUUUGUUAGUGGAAAAUGGACAAGAGUUACGUUGCUAGUGCAGCUCAACAACCCGCCUGAUGUCGCAAACGGAUACAUGGCACUCUAUUUCAACGAUUUGCUUGCGGUGUCUCAGCAGAAUUUGCAAAUUAGGGCGGCGGACAGUGUCGUUGCGAAUGGAUUUUACUUUUCAACAUUCUUUGGAGGAUCUGACACGAGCUGGGCGACGCCUGUGACUACGCACACCUACUUUCGCAAUAUCCGACUAUGGGGCAGCAGUUCGCCAUCGACGCUUACGGGGGCGACUGUAAAGAGCCAGGCACCCAAGACACUUGGGUACGGGUACAACCUCAACGACUUUAUCACGCCAGGACAGGCAUGCAUCAAGCCCGUGGAGCAAAAGAAGGAAGAGCGGGACGUAGGAGCAGCAUUGACGGAGAUUUCAAUCGACUCGAACGGGGGGUACUAUGAAGUAACGGCUGGAGAGAAGAGCAAGAACAAGAAACUAGAGCAGGCGCAAAUCAGCUUGAACGACUGUCUGGCAUGCAGUGGGUGCAUCACGUCUGCCGAGUCUGUGUUGAUUACGAUGCAAUCGCACACAGAGGUGCUAGAGGUACUAGCGGCGAACGAGGUGGCGGAGGAUAAAAAGAUUGCGGUAGUGUCGAUUGCACCACAGUCGCUGGCGUCACUGGCAGCAUCUCUGGGAGACGAUAUCACACCACGGCAAGUGUUGCGGCGACUGAGACCGUUCCUGCACUCGCUCGGGUUUGCAUAUGUGUUUGAUACGAACUAUGGGAGGGAGCUGGCACUUCGGGAGCAUGUGAAAGAGUUUGAAGAGCGCAAAGAGGCGGCGGAUGGAGGGGAAGAGGGACAGUUGCCGAUGCUGGCGAGUGCAUGCCCUGGGUGGAUCUGCUAUGCGGAAAAGACGCACCACGAGAUGCUGGCGUACAUUGCACGAACGAAAAGCCCACAGCAGGUGAUGGGGACACUGGUAAAAGGAUGGAUGGCGGAGAAAUGGGGUAAAAGACGGGACGGAGUGUACCAUGUGACAGUAAUGCCGUGCUACGACAAGAAGCUAGAGGCGUCGCGGACCGACUUUUACUCGGAAGAGUACCGGACGCGGGAUGUGGACUGUGUGAUUACGACGGGGGAACUGGAGGUGAUGCUGAGGGAAAAGGGGUGGGACAUGAGUGUGGCUGUGCCGGGAGAGCUGGAUGGGGGAAGGAUGGUGGAUGGCCUACCAGAGCUGGUGAGGCACAAGGGCACAUCAUCUGGGUCAUACCUGCACUGGAUCAUGGGGAGUGUGCUGCGGCAAGUGGCGGGGGGGACGGUGGAGGUGAAGACGAUGCGGAAUGCGGAUUACGAGGAGUAUACGAUCAGAGACGGGGAGCGAGUUGUGUUUAGGGGGGCCACAUGCUAUGGCUUCCGGAAUCUGCAGAACAUUGUGCGCAAGGUGGGGAAGGAGCAGGGCGUGCGGACGGGGACCGGGGCGGCGGGGCGGCUGGGGGGGGUGCGGCGGAGGACGGGGGAGGUGGAGAAAAAGUACGACUAUGUAGAGGUGAUGGCGUGCCCGGGGGGAUGCGUCAACGGGGGCGGGCAGCUCAAGGGGCCGGGGAAGGAGUGGACGAGGCGGGUAGAGGCGGCGUAUUGGCGGGAUGGGGAGGGGGAGGGGGAGGUGGAGGUAAUAGAGGGACUGGAGUUGCGGACAGAGUACCGGGGAGUGGAGAGCGAGGUGGUCGGGCUGGCGGUCAAGUGGUGA